UCAUCAAGUGCUAUCAUAGCCCACGCUCCAAAAUCAUUUCUUCCCACCCUUGCCAUAUCAACUUUUUUACUUUAUUUUUUCUUCUUUUUAAUAAAAAACCCUUUUUUGUUUGACAUUCUCUUUGAUUUGUUCUCCAAGACAGUGAAGCAUUUUCUUUUUUUCUUAUAAUGCCCAAAUGAAAAGCUUCAUUGUAAGAGUAGAACUAGUAGUAGUAGGGUUUUAGAUUUUGUCACAAUCACUCUCAAUUUGUUUUUAUACAUUUAGACUUUGAGCGAGUGAUUAAUAAUGCUAAUUGAAUACAGUGAAUUGAGAUUAAAUUUAUCAUCGAGACAAAAUCCAAACUGUAUUAGUAUCGUAUUGGAGAUUAGUGAUUAGCCAAAAACUCCAUAAAGAAAACUUAAGGCAACUUUAUGUCAAAGUUAACCAACCAUAGCCUAUUAUGUCUUUCUCAAUUUUCUAUCUUAUAACCAAAACCAAAUAUGAUGAGAAAGAAAGUAAGAACUUUGUUAUCCCUUUUAAUUGCUUUCUCUUUAAUCCACCAAACCUUUUCAAUCAUCCAUAUCGAACUUUCCUCUUUCAAACUUUUUCCCUUUUCACACAUCCACACCAAAAAAGUUGUUCUGAUCUUAGAUCACUCUGCUCAAAGAAAACGAAAGAAAAAAAAAUCAAUUCUUGAACCAAAUUCUCUGUUUCUUCUCAUAUGGGUACUCUGUUUUCUCUCACUACUACUACUACUGUUAUCAUUCUUUCAUGGAUUUUAUUUAGUGAAGCUCAGGGAAUCAGAUCAGCUCGUCUACUCGAUCUUCUCAUUCGAGACUUUACAUUUAAGUCCUUAGGUACCAACGUAGGGACUGGACUACUUCACUCUGUUUCUUUACCGAAAAAUUUCUCCGGCAUCGGAGUCAACAUAGCGAGGUUCAGGUGCGGUAGUCUCCGGCGAUAUGGUGCGAAGGUUAAGGAAUUUCACCUGGGUAUUGGUGUUACGAUUCAUCCAUGUGUUGAAAGAGUCGUAAUAGUGAAUCAAAAUUUGGGAUAUAAUUGGUCAGACAUUUACUAUGAAAACUACGACCUAUCUGGGUACCAACUAGUCUCUCCUGUUUUAGGUCUUCUAGCUUAUAAUGGCGGUUCCGACGUGAAUUCCAGCGACCCUUUUGAGGUCGGAAUCGUCGCCGGAGGAAAACCCAUUUCAGUGAACUUCUCAAGCAUCACGAAGCUCAGAAACGAAACGGGUGUAACGCCGUUAUGCGCCAAUUUCGAGGGUGACGGGAAAGUGAGUUUAACAAAGCAAGCUUCUCCGUUCGUGUGCUUGGCUAAGAAGAAUGGUCAUUUCGGAUUGGUGACGGAGAAACCUUCGCCGGCGAUGUUGGACGGUAGUAGUGGUGGAAAGAAAGAGAGUAAGUGGAAAGUGGCGGUGGGAAGCUCGAUCGGAGCUGCUUUAGGAGCUUUUCUACUGGGUUUGCUUCUGGUAGCGAUGUUGGUGAGAGUGAAGAAGAGGACGAGAAUGGAGGAAUUGGAAAGAAGAGCUUAUGAAGAAGAAGCUCUUCAGGUUUCAAUGGUGGGACAUAUCAGAGCUCCGACGGCGUCCGUCACUCGAACUAUGCCGAACACCAUUGAAAAUGACUAUAAACCUCCUCGACGACACCGUUGACUAAUUAAUACUUGUUAGUUGACUUUUUUUUGAGUUCAUUGUUUUCUCUGUUUAUUAUUAUUAUUGUAUUAUUCUUUUUUCGUAACAUUAACUCAGAAAAUUUAAACUUUGUAUUUUGGUUUUGAAACAAAAAUGGUAGAAUCAAAACCCAAUAUAUUUUUUUUAUUUAUUAACUCAAUUUAUUUAUAUUAUUCUAUACUAAUAGAUCUUUGUAGCUCAGGUGGGAUUCUGUUCGUACAUUUUUUUUUUUUGAGAACGAUUCUGUUCUUACAUCUUUAGUGAUAGACUUGUUGAUUAUUCCUCAUUGUGGUGUUGAAAGACAGAUUGAAUUGUGUUGUUUUUGGGAUUUCUAGUUUGUUAUUCAAAACAAAAGGACUAGGGCAAUACUACUUGUUAGAAGAAGUUUUUUUUUUAUUGAAUACUUGUUCUAAGAAUUAAUUACAUGUAAUUAACAUAUUUACUUAUUAUUUGUAAUGGGUGUUUCACAUUUAGAUCAAAAUUGUUUAACUCGUUCAAACUAAAAAAAAUAUCAUCUAGAAAAAUUGUGCUUAGCUUUUGUUUAGACCAAAUCUUUCAAGCAAUAUUUAUUUUUUAAAAUAUAAAUUAAGAAUCUGAAUC